AUGACGCUAACCAUGAUUCUUUGGUUAUCACUCCUAUUGUGCACAACCUUCAUACAGGCCGAAAGAAGCUCAUUUGGACUGGCGGCAGGCGGCGCAGUUUUUGGGAAACGAAUGGCUGCCUCUAAGUUGUUUCCCCCACCAUCCAGAGUUUUGCUAUCGACCAGAGGGGGUUCGGAGGAAGAAGAGUAUGACACUGACGAUGAAUCGGAAGAAGAAGACUUUUUCGAUGAUUUCGACUUGGAAGAGGACGCCGAAGAAAAUUUUGACGAAGACAAUACAGUGGAAAGAAUCAUCCAAGCCUACAAGGACACACCUCCGCUCACAAAAGGGUACUUGACAGCUUCUGCAGUUGCGACAGGUAUAGGAUACCUUUCCAAAACGGAUUUCCCAAAGCUUCUUGUUCUAGACUGGAACAAAGUGUUGUAUAAAGCCCAAAUAUGGAGACCAUUCACAACCUUUCUCAACUUUGGUCGGUUCGGAUUGGGAUAUGCAAUGACAGUGCAUUUUGUGUGGAAUUAUAUGAGUACUCUGGAAAGGCUGCAUCACCACAAGCCGUAUGAUUUCUGGAUCAUGAUCAUCUUUGGUAUGAUGAGUAUGGUGAUUGGAUAUCCAGCCAUGAAACUGAAUCCAAAGUUCCUUGGUCACAACUUGUCUACCUUUUUGGUGUACAUUUGGAGCAGAUAUCAUGAAGGUUUGGAAGUCUCGAUGUUUGACCUCUUCACCACACGAGCAGAACUUUUGCCUUGGUUCUUCUUGGCACAAACGUUCCUUUUGGAGGGUGAACCUCCAAUGUUGGAUUUCUUGGGCAUCGUCUUUGGUCAUGUGUACCAUCACUGCAAAACCGUCGGUCUAUUGAGAGCUCCACAGUUCGUCGUUGAUUGGUACAAAACCAGUGAUGCAGCAGCAUCAAUACGGCAGAAAUACAAGAAAAUCUCUACAGAUUUUGUCCUAUAG